AUGUACAGAAUAGACGUUUCAGAUUUUUAUGACUUCCAAGCGUUCAGAAAUAUGUGUCCAUUUAGAGACUAUAACAAAGCAGUCGAGAAUUUGAAACGUUUAGUCAUUUAUGUCGACUCUGCCCCAGAAUGUUAUGUCAUGAAAGAAUGGGAUGUUGUCUUUAACAAACCAAGAGCGACAAUAGUUUCAGAACAAGAAUGUAAACAGAAACUUAAGAAAAUAAAAGUCGUACAAGUUGGUAUGAAGAUGUUAGAUGCUUGGGAUAUCUUAUUGUCAAAGUUAGAAGAUUUUUCAGUUCGUGGUAUAAAGUUCUAUACACCAUCUCCAAACUUCUAUUCUAUCUUCACUGGAUAUAAAUACGAACAAGUAGAAUGGAAAGAAAAUGUUAUAGAAGCUUGGUUAGACCAUGUCAAAGAAAUUAUAUGCAAUGGAAACGAAAGAGUCUAUGAGUAUAUCUUAUGUUGGUUUGCAAACAUCUUACAACAUCCAAGUGCUAAAAAUGAAACUGCUCUCAUCAUAAUUGGAAAACAAGGAACAGGUAAGAACACUUUCUUUACAGAUAUCUUAUGCAAACUGUUAGAGGGCUAUUCGAACCCUAAUAUGACAAACUUAGAAAACAUCUGCGGUAAAUUUAACUCUUCAAUAGAGAAUAUGAAACUUAUAGUAUGUAACGAACUUCAAAGUAUAGAUACAACAAAAGUUUUGAACUCAGAUGCUUUGAAGAGUCUUAUAACAGACAAA